AUAUAUAAUCGGUUAUGAAUGACUAAAAGAAAAAAUAAAAUGGACUGAAAAUACUCUAUAGUUCGGUCCAAUCUCAUAAUAUUUUCUCUUUUUCAACUCCAAUUCGUUAUAUACACUCCACUCUCUCCCUUUCUCAUUCUCUCUCGUCGAUCACCGAAGAUUCCGACUAGCUCUGUCAACCAUGGACGUGAAGAAAACCCUAGGCGACCUCGACAAGGAGUCCUUCAUCACCCUCCUCUCCAAGCUCAUCGGCGAGGCCAAGUUCGUCCAGAACAACCCGCCGGACCUGAUUCCCCAGGAGGACCGAGUUGUGAAGCACGUUCUCGACUCGCUCCUCCCACUCAGCACCACCACCGGCGGCGGACCCUUGCUCAUCAAUCACGUGACUUACUACCCCGGCAGGGGCAACGUGAUUAUCGAGUACCCGGGGACUGUCCCCGGCAAAGUCUUGUCCUUUGUGGGGUGCCACAUGGACGUCGUCACUGCCAAUCCUGAAGACUGGGAAUUUGAUCCCUUCUCCUUGAGCAUUGAUGGGGACAAACUGUGUGGACGAGGAACCACUGAUUGCUUAGGGCAUGUUGCACUUGUAACUGAGCUCAUGAAAAGGCUGGCAGAGACAAAACUAAAACUGAAGUCAACUGUGGUAGUUGUCUUGAUAGCAAACGAAGAGAACUCUGCCAUUUCAGGAGUUGGUGUGGAUGCACUUGUUAAGGAUGGGCUACUCAAUAAGCUAAAGGAUGGUCCUUUGUUUUGGAUAGAUACAGCAGAUAAACAACCAUGCAUUGGUACUGGUGGAUCGAUACCUUGGAAGCUUCAUGUGACCGGGAAGCUUUUUCACAGUGGUUUAGUGCACAAGGCUAUAAACCCUUUGGAGCUAGCUAUGGAAGCAUUGAAGGAGAUCCAAUCACGGUUCUAUAGAGACUUUCCUCCCCACGAGAAGGAAAAGGUGUAUGAAUAUGCAACACCAUCAACUAUGAAACCAACCCAAUGGAGUUAUCCAGGUGGUGGAAUAAAUCAAAUUCCAGGGGAGUGUACAAUUUCAGGAGAUGUCAGGUUGACUCCAUUCUACGAUGUUAAGGACGUGAUGAAAAAGCUUCAAGAAUAUGUGGAUGACAUUAAUGAAAACAUAACAAAGCUAGACACACGAGGUCCAGUUUCAAAGUAUGCCCUGCCUGAUGAAAACUUACGGGGAAGGCUUACAAUAAGCUUUGAUGAGGCAUCAUCUGGAGUUGCUUGUGACUUGGAGUCUUGCGGCUUUCAUGUGUUAUGCAAAGCUACUGAAGAGGUUGUUGGCCAUGUUAAGCCUUACUCGAUUACCGGAACUUUGCCUCUCAUUAGAGAACUGCAGGAUGAAGGAUUCGAUGUUCAAACUUCCGGCUAUGGUUUGAUGUCUACAUACCAUGCCAAGAACGAGUACUGCUUGUUUUCUGAUAUGGCACAAGGCUACCGGGUGUUUGCAAGUGUUAUCUCCCAACUAGAAGAUUGAGGAUCAGCAAAGAAGAAAGUACCAGAAUUAAAGAUUUAGAAUAAUGAGGGAAACUACAAGUGGGAAAUGGUAGUGCAAAAUCAUACUUUGAACACUGCAUUUGUUCUUUUUAGAUGCCAAGCUGACAAGUUACUGCAAUUAAACUGCAUAUCCUGGUUUAGUUACAGUAGCUUCACACAUACCAUAGGAAAACUUGUCUUACUUUGUAGCUUGGUGGAGAAUAUGACCUUACUUCAAGCUUAGAGAUCGGUGUUGAAAACUUGUCUGACUAAUAGCUAUCUUUUAUGUAUUGAAGUUUCUUUCAUUUCCUUCUCAUUUGGUUUUCUUAAAACAUAGUCAAAGACGUUAGCAAGCAUACAUUUGGAUGCAUUUU